AUGGUUGUUGACACCACUUACUAUGAUGCACUUGGCGUGCCGCCAACGGCAACCGAGCUUGAAAUUAAGAAGGCAUACAGGAAACUCGCUAUCACCACACAUCCAGAUAAGAACCCUGGCGAUGAAACAGCGCAUGUCCGAUUUCAAGCGAUCGGAGAAGCAUAUCAAGUCUUGAGCAACGAUGAACUACGAAAACAAUAUGACAAGUUCGGCAAAGACCAGGCCGUUCCAGGCGGAGGUUUCGAGGACCCGGCACAAUUCUUUACCAUGAUCUUCGGUGGCGAAGCUUUCGUGGACCUUAUUGGCGAAAUUUCACUGAUGAAAGACCUUACAACCACUAUGGAUAUUACCAUGCAACAAAUGGAGGAAGAGGAACUGGCGGCAUCCGCCGAGGAAAAACUGAAUAUCCACGACGAAGAGACGCACGGCGAGACACCGUCCGCACCGUCCGUACCGUCUGCCCCAUCAGCUGCCCCGGCUGAAGCGGCCACCGCAACUCCCAUUCCCGAGUCAAGCAACGAUUCCGGUACAAGCACCCCCAGGCGUAACUGGGGCCAACAGGCAAUCAUGGAAAAAUCAGAGGAGGAGGCAAGGAUGGAAGCUGCUGGUCUUACGGCUGAAGAGAAGGAGCUGCGCAAGAAGGAAAAGAAGAAGGGCGGUUUGACCCGCGAACAACAAGAGCGGUUAGCUCAAUAUGAAGAGGAGCGACGCGUAGCCCGCCAGGAGCGAGUUGACACCCUUGUGCGGAAGCUUAUUGAUCGCAUCAGUGUAUGGACAGAGACCGACAAAGGUCCGGAAGUUACACACGCCUUCGAGGAGAAGAUUCGUCUCGAAGUCGAAAAUUUGAAAAUGGAGUCGUUUGGUCUGGAGAUCCUUCACGCCAUCGGACAGACCUACCUACAAAAGGCCACUUCAUUCCUCAAAUCUCAAAAGUUCCUGGGUAUCUCAGGCUUUUUCUCUCGUCUUAAGGACAAGGGAACACUAGCCAAAGAGACAUGGGGAACCAUCUCUACUGCAAUUGACGCUCAAAUGACGAUGGAGGAAAUGGCCAAGUUAGAGGAGAAAGGAGGUGCCGACUGGACAGACGAGAAGAAGGCCGAAUACGAGCGGAAAGUCACAGGAAAGAUCCUCGCAGCAGCUUGGCGGGGAAGCAAAUUUGAGAUUCAAUCGGUCUUACGGGAUGUUUGCGACAGAGUCCUAGGAGAUAAGUCUGUGAAAUUGGAAAAGCGGGUUGAGCGCGCACAUGCCUUGGUCCUUGCCGGGAAUAUCUACCAAAAGGCUGCUCGCGACCCCGAUGAAGAAGGUGAUUACUUAGCCUUCGAACAACUCAUGGCGGAAGCCGCCACCAAAAAGAACAAAGAUGACAAGAAAAAGAAAAAGGAAAAGGAGUCCAAGGCUUCCAAGAGUCCUGAACCAACCGAAGAGAAGCCAAGCACAACUGUCUAA